AUGACGGGCAAGGUCCCGCCACCGCCUAGCGUUCCAGAGGACUGGCUUCCGAAGAAACUUCGCAGUCGAGGCCGCUUAUUGGACUCCACCGAUGUGCCAACGCGGCAGAAGGUGCCCUUCAUCUUGUGGGGUUAUCGGCCUCCACCGGCAGGCACAUGCGAGCUGCUCAAGAGCAUCUUUGGCAUCCAUAACGAGACAGGGAACAUGUGGUCCCACCUCCUGGGCAUCGUCUACUGCGCUUAUGUGGGAGCUACUGCCGUUUGCCAGCAGCAGGCGUGCAGUUGGCUUUUGCUCUUGGUGGCGGCCAGCAGUUAUUGCUUCUCGUGCUCCUUCUGCUUCCACCUCUGCUCCUGCACUGGGGCCACGGUCAGGAGCUGCACGUAUCGGAUGGAUUUGACGGGUAUCGUGGUCUUGAUCGCUGCCUCGUACUUCGCUGGUAUAGCCUUGGGUUUUCGAUGCUAUCCAGCGCUGCGGAGUUUCUACUUGGUGUAUGCUGCGCUGGUCUCCUUAGCCCUGGCUGUGCCCUUGCUGAAGCCGGAGAUCGUCAAGGACCUCACCCGGCACAUGAUUUUAUGCGUGGCGGCUGGAGUGGUGCCAGCGGUGCACUUUCUGUCGGCGGCCACCACCAAGGAGAUUUCGUGCGUCCUACCCUACAUUCUCCAGAUGUUCGGCUUCUAUGGCCUGGGGGCGUGCUUCUACGUGAGCCGAUGGCCCGAAUGCCGUUGGCCGGGGUACUUUGAUCUCAUUGGGCAUAGCCACCAGUUCUGGCAUCUCUUCGUGCUGCUCGCAGCAGCCAGCUGGCUCCGUGGCUGCGCAGCCAUGAUCACAGAGAUCUCGAGCUGCGAGCUACAGGCACGGGCUCCAGAGCGCGUUGAGAUCCUGGUGACCUGA